UGGAACAUCAAUUCUUAUGUCUUCCUAUCAUUUGAACAUUUAUCGAAAAUAGACAAUAAUGGCAGAAUUUAGACCACGACCAAACAUUACUUUGAAGGAAAUAACAGAAAAUAUUCAUGGGCCUUUGACAAAUUAUAGCGAAGUUACAAAUUACGACAGAAACUCAAGUUCCCUGUCUACUCUUUUGAAUGAAACCAGAUACCAGGAGUCAGUUCCGCCGGAACCAUUCUUCUCUGGCAAAUCCCGAUCGACAUUUGCCAGACAUCUCAUUCCAGCCAAACUGGUUCAACCUUUUGCUGCAAAUUAUAUCAAAGUUCGCUUUCACCGAAGCAAUUCCAGAAUAGACGAGAAAAUGUGCAAAAAGAACCUUGAAGGUUUAAUUGCCGAUGAAAGUCAGUUAAGCACUAUAUGCAAAGCGCUUCUCCUUCACGCAACGGUAGAAAAAGAUGCUAAAGAAAUUCGAAAUUUGGGAAUUGCGACUAUUGAAACUUAUGACAAGUCGCAAACAAAGUACAUGUUGUUUCAAGCUGUUCUAAACCACAUUACAAAGCCAACUUAUACAAUAGAAGAAAUUAAAAAAUACGGACGUGAAAUAAUAAAAACUCAAAAAACUGUCCGAAUGCACUAUUUUCAUCCUUCCAAUUUGGGAUACUCUAAUUGGGGAGAUGUUCUAGGCCCCGAAGAAGUUCUGAAACUCAGUGGAAUUAACGUGGUUCCUGCAAGCAGCGUUUCUUCAAAUUCGGUUACCUUUUAUGGCAUUGGAAGUAUUUUGGGGCCAGUUUUAGGCGACAAAAAUUCUUGGUAUGUAUGGGGCAGUGGUUUAAUCAUGAAACCCUCAAAGUCUUUAAGUUCAACUUUGAAAUCAGGGCAAAAAUUAUUCAGUGUUCGAGGACCUGAAUCUCAGAUUGCCGUUCUUGCUAUGCGCGGUGUUUUGCCUUUUGUUGCGAAAGAUCCCGGACUGCUAACGUCGAAGUUAUUUCCUCUUAAAAAAUCUCCAAAAUAUCCUAUGUGUAUAAUUCCUCAUUACGUCGACAGCCUUGCUGUUAAAUCUGCUAUUGCGAGUCGUCGAAACUCGAUCAAAAUUGUUCCGAUCACUAUACCUCUCAACUUCAAAGACCACGUGAUUGAUGUUCCAAAAAACGUGAUCGAAUGUGAAAAAGUCGUUUCUUCAAGCCUGCAUGGAUUAAUUGUGUCUCACUCCUACGGAAUUCCGGCAGCUGUGAUAACUUUGUCGACCAAAAUUGCAGGUGGAAAUUACAAAUACCGAGAUUAUUACGAGUCUUUGGGACUAUUUAUGAACAGAGAUGUUAUUCGCCAUGAAAUUAGGAAUAAAGACUUACUGAAUAAUUUGACCUAUUUAUCUGAUUUGGUAGGUAGUACACCUCAACCUAAACAACCCAUAUCCAUGAAGUCUAUUUUAGAUACAUAUCCAUUUCCUAUGACAGAGAAAAACUCGGCGUUAUUUGGUGACGAAAUGAAUCUUGUAAACUAA